AUGUAUGACAAAGAGAGGCUAGACAUUGAUGAAGACUCCAUGGGAGUGUGCCCCAUUAGGAAUGGCAGUGGAAUAGGCAACAGUAAUGGCAGUAAUGGCUGUGGAGGAGGUGGAGGUGGUGCUGGAGGAGGAAAUUUCAGCCAGUUCUUGGCACCCCUCUUGUGGGAUCGCACCCUGCCUGCAGAUGGGGGCCUCUUCCAGCUUCAGUACAUGGACUUGGAGGAAUUUCUGGUUGAAAAUGGAAUGGGCAACACGCAUAACAACAACAGCUCCAGUUCAGCCCAGAUCCCCUCACAGAGCUCCCCGUCAGCUGUGCCCAAUCAGAGCUCCCAGUGCCUACCGUCCUCAUCCCCACCUUGCUCUUCGUCCUCAUCACCUUCUUCGUCUUCUUCCCCGUCGCUCAUUGGUUUGGAGGUGGCUCAGCCGCAGAGCCUUGGAGGAGGAAAUGACUGUUUGCAUGGGAGUCAGACGAGUAUGAAUGAUUCCUGUGAGUCGCCAUGUUCCUCCUCCUCGUCCUCCUGUCCUCCUCUGCUAACGCCCACGGACAGUGGGCCAGAUGGCGGCGGAAUGUUUGACAUAGAUUCUUCAGACAUGGAUCUGUCCAACCAGCCGAACUUUGACCCCAGGAGGCACUCCUUCAGUGAAGAGGAGCUUAAGCCACAGCCGAUGAUCAAGAAAGCCCGCAAGAUCCUGGUGCCUGAUGGCUUGAAGGAUGAGAAGUACUGGACCAGGAGGUAUAAAAACAAUGAAGCUGCAAAGCGUUCUCGAGAUGCUCGGCGUCUUAAGGAGAACCAAAUAUCCGUGCGUGCCGCCUACUUGGAGAGAGAGAACGCCGCCCUCCGACAGGAAGUGGCCGAGAUCCGGAAGGAACUGGGCCGCUGUCGUAACAUCCUUAGUAAAUACGAGAACCGUCUUGCUGACCAGUGAUGAGGACAUGGAGCAAAAUCAGGAAGAGGAAAAAUUUAAGCUGGAUUAAAUUUAAGACUCUGUAUUCUUGGGGUGACACAAAGGACAGAAUGGGGUUCAAGGAAAUGUGAUGAUGAUGAGAAAGAUGCUAUGAUGAUGAAUGUAUAAGGCAAGGAGAAGACUUGUGUAUUAAAGCUCAGGUGUCUUGUUUUGUUGAGGUGUCAGCUCUUAAAAUUGAAAGAUGGAGAAAAUAAUUUAACAGAUGAAAAGUAUGUGACUUUUAAGAGUUUUGUUAUUGGAGAAUUGUAUAUUUUUAUAAUACUUGAGAAAAAUUAGACGGAGAGCAAAUUUCGAGAAUAAUUUUGUAUAUUUUCUACAUAGAGAUUGGGGAAAGCAAUGGUAACAAUCUUGUCCAUUGAAGGUUUUGUUUUGACUUGAUUAAUGUAGUCGGGAUGCCGCAGCAGGGGCGAGGAUGCAUGUAACAAUUGUAACAUAGAGAGCAAAAAUGAUCUUAUAAUCGUAUACUUCAACAUUUUUGUGGAUUUUACUAAUUUUUUUUCCUCUUAUGUUUCUGUCACUGGGAAUGGGCAUGCUAGAGAGAGACAAAAGGGUAGACACCAUGGAAACAGUCCACUACUAUCUUCAACAUUUGUCUUGUGCGUUCUUUUUUAAUAGAACAACUCCAUCCUUUUUUUUUUUUUAAUUAACUCAAGUUCAUUUUUAGUUUUUUGUACUUUGAGCUUAACUUUAUGCCAUUGGCCAUCUUUCUCUAACCUAUGCUUUUAUCUUUGACUCAAUCUCCUUUUCUCUAUCCCAGUUGAGUGCUUUUAAUCUACUCUGGUGUCUGGUAUCUCACCUAAACUGGUGAAAGCCUAUUAUGAUGCCCUGGGUGACUCUGCUCCCUCUUGAUCCUCUCUUUUGAAUUGUUGGGACAUUUCUCUUCCUCUGUUUCUAUAUCCAACCGCACUAUUUCUGUCCGCUUGCACUUACAGCUAAUCCCCUCACAAUUAUGUGCAAACUCUUCCCAUAACAUGUUGUCCCCGUGUCUCUCUCUUGUACCUUGACAGUACAUUGAGUACUUAAAUCUCAGUGUUGUAACGUAUUCUGAAAUAGUAAUCAAUCUUCCCAAUAAAACGCACAUCGUUACUUUACUGUACUUUAUGAACACAGUUUAAUUAGCAUUAUUAUGGGGGAGAGAUAUUGUAUAUUGGAUAGGCCUAUACUAUUUUGUGUAUUUGAUGUAUUCCAGGAGAUGGGUUGAAUACCCCCAUUGAUUGGAAUGGUGUUAAUUUCUCAGAUUUCUGGGAGAAAUAAAAGCCAAAAUUUCCUAUGUUCAUCCACAAAGCUUGUUGCUAUUUAGUGCUUUUUUCAAUACUGUUCCUUCCUUACUGUUUACUCCUGUUACUACUCUUUACUUUUAACUGUAUCUAUAAACUUCUCUUUUUUUACCCACAACAACUACACAUGGGGCAUGGUACACUAUGUUCCUGGGGAGGGAUGACUAGUAAUAGAGCGUGAUUUUAGUCCCCUAAUGACCAUGAUGAAUAGUUACUGCUAUUAUUAUUGUUAUGAUUAUGAUGAUUAUCCCUCUUGUUGUUGCUGUUCUAUAUUAUUGAAUUAUUUUCCUUUUAGGACAAACAUGAUCUGUUGCACCUUGAAACAUCUUUGAUCUUCAGUGUUCCUCAGAAAGACUAUUCAAAUGGAGAAAAAAAAACCUCACUCUGCAAUUUGCAUCCUGUCUCAUACCUCUCCAGACAUUACUCACUUCUACUAUGGACGCUACUGCCACCUUGAUUUUUUUGACCAUGGAUUUCACAAGCGUGGCUCAAUAACUUGAACAUGAUAUUCAUGCAGACUUACUUUACCUUUUGUGAUGACCUCUUCUGUUCCGCAGCAGUGUACAGACUAUGCACACUAUCAAUAUGCUCCUUGUUGGUUUAUUUCAGCCUUUAUCUCCUCAAUCAGUGAUUGUUUGCUCUCCCAACAAGAUUUAGUCUCUAAUGUCCUCACAGAUGUGGUUGAUAAAUCUUUUAGCAACUCUAAUUGAACUAUAACUGCCCUGCUGCAUCAGUGGUGGUCCAUGGUGCCCAGCCCACUCAGUGCUGGUUGUUUGGAUAGAGUUGAGAUUUUUCCAAAAACACCAAUAAAAGAUUGUUCUCAUUCACUA